UCCUCCGAUAAUUCCAUUCCGUCUUUCCGCGAUGGGAAGGCCAUCUUCCACCAUUGAAAUCCCUCGCGAACGCCACCGACAUAACGGUCGCCGCACCCCCGACUCCGAUGUCUCUGACAACUAUCGCCUUCGUCGCAGCCCUAGUUACGACUCAUACGAUCGCCACACCGACCGCCGCCGCCGUUCGGAAUCGCCCGAACACCGAAACCCUAGGCACACCAACGGAACCUCAAACGACAACGCGCUGCCGAAGAAAUUCGGCCGCCGAAACGGCACGUAUCUUGACCGUGACCGCGGCGAUUGGCAGCGCUCCGAUUCUGAGUCCGACGAGGAGCUGAAGGGUUUAAGCUAUGAGGAAUACCGAAGGCUCAAGAGGCAGAAGAUGAGGAAAUCGCUGAAGUACUGCAUCUGGAACGUCACGCCGAGUCCUCCGAGGCGCGACAACGAAGAUCUGGAAGAUUAUCACAAGCCCGAUGAAAUCUCUGAUCGAGACGCCGCCGUUGUGAAGAUCGAGAAGGCGGUUAAACCUAAAGGAAAAUCGGAAUUGGAAUCUGAUUCCGAAUCUGAGAAAUCCGUCAGUAGUGAAUCAGAGGAUUCGCGUUCGAGGAAGAAGAGAAGGAAGAGCUCUGCUGGUUCUUCGAGGAGAUCGUAUAGCGAAAGUGAAUCAGAAUCAGAAUCUGAAUCUGAAUCAGAUUCAGAAGAAGAGGAGCGUAGUAGAAGAAAGAGUAGGAGGAAUAGAAGAAGGAGGAGUAAUAAGAACAAGAAUAGAAGAUAUAGUGAUUCAGACGAGAGUGAAGAGAGCGACAGCGAUGCCUCGGAUGUCAGUAUAAGAAAGAGGAAGAAACGCUCUUCUUCUUCUAGGUCAAAAUCGAAACGAAGCAGAAGGCACAGAAGAACAACAAAGAGGAACUCCGAAACGGAGAGCGAGAAAUCUCAUUCGGAGGAGGAGAAUGGUUCUGGUUCUGGUUCUGGUGAUGCAGUGACCAAAGCAGCAGUUGAUGAGGCAAUGAUGACUGAAAUGAACGCGGAGGCUAUAAAGUUGAAGGAGUUGUUCGAGUCUCAGAAGAAACCCGCUUUGGAUAACGAACCCGCGGUUGGGCCAAUGCCGUUGCCUAGAGCGGAGGGGCAUAUCAGCUAUGGUGGGGCACUUCGGCCUGGUGAAGGUGAUGCCAUUGCGCAGUAUGUUCAACAAGGGAAGCGUAUUCCUCGAAGAGGAGAAGUGGGUCUUUCUGCGGAGGAGAUUCAGAAGUUUGAGAGCCUGGGUUAUGUGAUGAGUGGUAGUAGGCAUCAGAGGAUGAAUGCCAUUCGUAUUAGGAAGGAAAACCAGGUUUACAGUGCUGAGGAUAAACGUGCUUUGGCUAUGUUUAACUAUGAAGAGAAGGCCAAAAGGGAGCACAAGGUUAUGGCUGAUCUGCAGCGCCUUGUGCAGCGUCACAUUGGUCAGGAUGUUGGUCCAACUCAUGAUCCUUUUGCUGCAAAAGCCUCCGAUGGUGCUGAUGCAUGAUAGCUAGUAUUUAUGUAUGUUUAGCUUCUGUACUUUCCUGAACUAUAGUUGUGCUCUGCAUUUUUUUUCUUCUGCUGGCUAUAUUGUUACUUUCCUGUGGGGUUUAUAGACUUGGAGAAUAGAUUAGAUGACAUAUUAAGACUGAAAAAAUAGAGAGAUGAUCUUUGCCUCUUUAACUAUGUGAGUUGGCAUGCAUAUGCUUUACACUGUUA